AUGAAACUCCAGAUCAAGGUUGAUGACAAUGGCAAAAUCAUUGAUGCGAAAUUCAAGACUUUCGGCUGUGGGUCGGCGAUUGCAUCUAGUAGCCUGGCAUCGGAAUGGAUCAAAGGGAAGACCACGGAUUAUGCAUCCACAGUACGGAAUGACCAGAUCGCGAAGGAACUCUCUCUGCCACCAGUCAAGCUGCACUGCUCGAGUUCGUUCCUCCUUUGA